CGCCGAAACCCUAGCCACAUCUCGCCACCACACGUCUGCCCCCCCGUCCUCUAACCUUCUCCAGCCCCGCACAUGGAUGACUCGGAGAACAACGCGCCGUCGACGCCGGGCUCGCCGGGGUUCAGCACUGACAGGCUGCCGCCCAACACCACCACCAGCCGAGGCGCCACUGACCCGUCCUCCUACUCGGACGACGAUGGCGAGGCAGAGGUCGACCCCAACGUGCUUCCCGACGACGAUGGUGCCGCCGUCGUUGCCGACGAGGAAGAAGAGGACGGUGAAGACCUGUUCAACGACGACUACCUCAAUGAUUACCGAAGGAUGGAUGAGCAGGAUCAGUAUGAGUCGGUUGGGUUAGAUGACUCGAUAGAGGAUGAGAGGAACCUGGAUGAGAUCAUGGCUGACCGGAGGGCUGCAGAAGCGGAACUUCAUGCAAGGGAUGUAAGAACUGGUGUGACAGCCGAUCGGAAAUUGCCUCGUAUGCUUCAUGAUCAGGAUACAGAUGAGGAUAUGAACUUCAGGCGUCCUAAAAGGCACCGGGCUAACUUUAGACCACCAAGUGGGCCAAGAACACCAAGAAGUGAUGAUGAUGGUGAUGGUGCCACACCUAGUUCGCCUGGAAGAUCUCAGCCGGGAAUGUACUCUGGUGGUGAUGUGCCUAUGACUGAUCAGACUGAUGAUGAUGGAUACGAGGAUGAAUUUGAUGAAGAAGAUGAGAUGAACAUGUAUCGUGUUCAAGGAACACUUAGAGAGUGGGUCACAAGAGAUGAAGUCCGGCGGUUCAUUGCAAAGAAAUUUAAAGAAUUUCUUCUGACAUAUGUAAACCCUAAGAAUGAUCAAGGAGAGUUUGAGUAUGUCCGACUAAUAAAUGAGAUGGUUCUAGCUAACCAGUGCAGUUUAGAGAUAGACUACAAGCAAUUUAUUUAUAUACACCCAAACAUUGCCAUCUGGUUGGCUGAUGCACCUCAGUCAGUGCUAGAAGUUAUGGAGGAAGUUGGCAAAAAUGUUGUUUUUGAUCUCCACAAGAAUUAUAGAAAUAUCCAUCAAAAAAUAUAUGUCCGAAUAACCAACCUUCCUGUCUAUGAUCAAAUACGCAAUAUCAGGCAGAUUCAUCUAAACACAAUGAUUCGAAUUGGGGGUGUUGUUACUCGACGAUCAGGUGUGUUCCCGCAGCUGCAGCAGGUCAAAUAUGAUUGCAGCAAAUGUGGAACUAUCCUGGGUCCUUUCUUCCAGAACUCGUACACUGAAGUGAGGGUUGGAUCUUGCCCUGAAUGUCAAUCCAAAGGACCAUUUACUGUCAAUAUUGAGCAAACUAUAUACAGGAACUACCAGAAACUCACUCUUCAGGAAAGCCCAGGAAUUGUUCCUGCUGGUAGGCUUCCCAGAUACAAGGAAGUAAUACUUCUGAACGAUCUUAUUGAUUGUGCUCGUCCUGGGGAGGAAAUUGAGGUUACAGGGAUAUACACAAACAAUUUUGACUUGUCUUUAAAUACAAAGAAUGGUUUUCCAGUUUUUGCCACAGUAGUGGAGGCAAACUAUGUGGCAAAGAAGCAGGACCUGUUCUCUGCCUACAAAUUAACAGAUGAGGACAAGGCAGAGAUUGAGAAGUUGUCAAAGGAUCCACGCAUCAGUGAAAGGAUUGUCAAAUCAAUUGCACCAUCCAUUUACGGUCAUGAAGAUAUCAAGACUGCCAUCGCACUAGCUAUGUUUGGUGGGCAAGAAAAGAAUGUGAAAGGAAAACAUCGCCUAAGAGGUGAUAUUAAUGUUCUCCUCUUAGGCGAUCCAGGCACUGCAAAAUCUCAAUUUCUCAAGUAUGUUGAAAAAACAGGACAUCGAGCUGUAUACACAACUGGAAAAGGAGCUUCUGCUGUUGGACUCACUGCAGCAGUUCACAAGGAUCCAGUAACAAGGGAGUGGACACUUGAGGGAGGUGCACUGGUUCUUGCUGAUAGAGGCAUCUGUCUCAUUGAUGAAUUUGAUAAGAUGAAUGAUCAAGAUAGGGUGAGUAUUCAUGAAGCCAUGGAGCAACAAAGUAUCAGCAUAUCGAAGGCAGGAAUUGUCACAUCCCUUCAAGCUCGGUGCAGUGUUAUUGCUGCAGCAAACCCAGUUGGAGGAAGGUAUGAUUCUUCAAAGACGUUCACUCAAAACGUUGAAUUGACGGAUCCAAUUAUUUCGCGUUUUGAUGUCCUCUGUGUUGUCAAGGAUAUUGUCGAUCCGUUUACAGAUGAAAUGCUUGCAAGGUUUGUUGUAGAUAGCCAUGCCCGAUCUCAACCCAAGGGUGCUAAUCUUGAAGAAAGAGUUGCAGUUGAUGAGGAAGAUGAUCCAUUUACUGUUGCCAGACAAGCUGACCCAGAUAUCCUUUCUCAAGACAUGUUGAAGAAGUAUAUUACCUAUGCCAAGUUAAAUGUAUUCCCCAAAAUACAUGACACUGACCUGGACAAGAUCAGCCAUGUCUAUGCUGAACUUCGACGUGAAUCAUCUCACGGUCAAGGAGUACCCAUUGCAGUAAGGCAUAUUGAAUCAAUCAUUCGAAUGUCUGAGGCACAUGCAAAGAUGCAUUUGAGAAGCUAUGUGUCUCAGGAAGAUGUUGACUUGGCCAUCCGUGUGCUACUUGACUCAUUUAUUUCAACCCAGAAAUUUGGUGUCCAGAAAGCACUUCAGAAGAAUUUCCGAAAAUAUAUGACGUACAAGAAGGAUUAUAAUGAAUUGCUUCUGCUCCUUCUGCGCACCCUGGUUAAGGACGCUCUGCACUUUGAAGAAAUCGUGUCAGGAUCAACCACACCCCUCACCCAUGUUGAGGUUAAAGUGGAUGACCUGAAGAACAAGGCCCAAGAAUAUGAAAUUUACGACCUGAGGCCAUUCUUCUCCAGUCCUCAUUUCAAUGACAACAGCUUUGUCCUGGACGAAGGGCGAGGGAUCAUCAGGCAUCCAGUUACAGUGUAACACCUCAGUAGACCACUGAUGAACAGCUACCAUCUUCCUCUAGCAACGUCCACUCCCACUGUUAGUGACAGAAUGACUGCUUCUGCUGCUUUACUUGUGAUCUGAGAUUGGUGUGCUGUUUGUUAUCUGAACCUGUACUGCCUUUAGCGGCAUUUAGACAUAUGUGUGCUGUGUUGGCACCCAAAUUUCUCAAGUGUUGAAAUGAAUUGUAUGACUGGACAUAAAUCUUGUGCUAUGUGUUC